UUGUCUUCUGGCGUCAUUUUAUCUGUGGAACUGCAAACCCAGGCGAUUUAUUAUUUAAUACAGAAAGCAAGUCAUCUGUAAAAAGAAGUUGUGGUGACUUUAAGAGCCGGUGUGAACGUGUAGCAGCUCUGAUGGGUUCAUACUGUAUCCAGCGGACACACGUCCCGUAUUAAACCCCUGCGAUACCCGAGCGGUCACACAGCCGCACAGAGGAGACACAUCAUCAACAAACCGACAAAUCAACAGAUGAAGAAUGAUAAACGUGUGAAGUUCAUUUUUCCAUGCGUUUAGAUCCAGUAGUGUAUCGUGGACGUGUGUGUGUGUGUGUGUGUGAGUUGUGUGUCAGCCCGGUUGCUGUCCCUGGUCCUGGAUCCAUAUCGCCUCCAUGGUGAAACAAAGACUUUAGACACAGGGUUUGAUGGAGAUCUGGUCGAAUGACAGCGGGAACUGUUGUCAUAACUGGAGGAAUACUCGCAACGGUGAUACUACUGUGUAUCAUUGUAGUGCUCUGCUACUGCCGACUCCAGUAUUACUGCUGUAAGCAGAAUGGAUCUGACCUAGACUCCCCUUCUUACUCUGAGGCCCAGUUCUCCUGUGAUGUCUGCAGACCUCCAGUCAUGGAUGGGUCCAGCAUCUCUCCCCUGUCUGUGUCUCCUGAAGUGGUCCACAGCUCCUGCCCCACCUGCUCCUCCUUCUACAGUAACUCCUUCUACCUCCGCAACAGGGACGAGAUGCGCAACGGGGCUGAGCGUAUUGCCUACACAUUGCCCUCCACACACGGCACUUCGCUGAGCUCUCACACUUUCCCCGACUUCUACUGCAACACACAUGCCAUCAGCACUGAUGUUUGAGCAGUGGUUAAUGACAUGAGGUGAGCUGUUCCAGAUGACUGCUGUAGCACAUGGGAUUCUGGGAUACAAGGAAAAUGUAUCUGAAUGAGUAUUGGCAUUGGAUUUGAUUACUUUUUUCAUUUUGAAGUAUGAAACAUUCUCUCAGUCAAGACAAAAGAAAAUGUCUAAAUGAUUAGCAUCUGUUUUUUUAAACAAGCUGAUUUUUUUGCUGUUUACUUACUUCAGCACAAAGAACACUUGAACAACAAGAAGUGUUCAGAACAUGAUGCAGCCUGUUGGACUACAGUCAAUGCAAUUGACUUUAACAUUUGAGUAUUUAUUGCUGCUGAAGCUUUGGACACUUCAGUUUUUCUUAUAGAAUUUAUGGUAAAUAAUCUUUGGGCUUCGGAAAUGCAGCAAAGCAGUAAUUUGACCAGAGUUUGGGGAUCUUUAAAAUCUGGGCUUCCUGUCUCUACUGAAUGAGAGCUAUUCAACAUGAAUUUUCAUCUGCUGCUGUUGGAAUUGUGUCAGCUAAAGAAAAUCAUGUUUUUAGUAUUAACAUCAGUUGUAAAUAUGAAUAAAGGUGGUGAAUAAAAGGACAACUUAUCAAGGAGUAUUAAUAUUAUAAGAGCAAAAGACUAUUUCUAGCUUUCUCUAUGCAAUAUCUAUGCUUAAAUCAAACAUGACGAUCUUUUUCCAACUUUUAGAAGGCAUGAUAAGUCUGAGGGCAAGGUCUCAUUCUUUUAGGGAAUGGCAUGAUAAGUCUGAGGGCAUGGGCUGAUUGUGUUGUACUGUAAUUAAUUUUGCAAUGAGUUACAUGAGAUCACCCAGAAAGAAAAUGUUAGCAAGGCUGUUUCAAUUAAUAAUCUGCAUUUUGAGAACAAGUUGGAAAACAGUGGCUCUUAUUCAUAUAGUUUUGCUCUUAUCCUCAUCAGGGAACUUGCCUAGGAUUUUUCGGUGGUACCGUAUGGACUAAUAGCGUAAUGUCAUCUGUUUUGUUACACUGUUUUAGGAUAUUUUCAGGGGACAUUUUAAUGCAAAAAUAUCUAAUCACAAUACACAAUUUCCUUACCAUGCUGCUAAUUGGUACAUACAGUAUUAACAGCAGAAUAAAGAUUAUUUUGUUCCAUUACAUCAACAAGAAUAAAUUAAUUAACAACAAGGGAAAAUAAUGGGUAAUCAUGUAGCUUUUCACAUCAAAAUGAGUAAUAAAUGUGUUUCACUCAGUGGUAUAGUGGAAGUGCACGCUUAUGAAAAGUUUCAAUUUGAAGAUUGUGUUGAGAUUUUUGUGUAGCACCUUGUAACAAAAGGUUUUCCAUU